UCUUUCGUCACACAGUUGUUUCACUUUCCCCACUCUUAGCUAGCAAGGUGGGAAUGUGAAGUGUCUGAGCAGGCUGCAUACAGAAGAAUGUAAUUAGAGAGAGAGAGAGAGAGAGAGACAGCCUAUUAUCCUUCUCUCUCCUCCCUCUCUCUCACACAUACUCACUCACAGAGAGAGAGAGAGAGAUGGAGCCUUCCCAGAUCCCUUUCUCUCUUUCAUGUUGAAAUACACAAAAGAAACACCUCCAAGAAAGCAUUUUUGUUUAUACCUUGGAUUAGUUCCUAGCUAGUAACAAACUAACGCCAAUUGUUUAUGUGGAAAAUCUUGUCAUUAUUGAUGUGAACAAUCAUCAGCUUCCCUGAAUCCGCGUCCGAGAACCACAAUACAUCUCUUCCUUCUGUUGCUGACCAAAAAUAGCAACAUCAAAUCAUAUUCUCCCAAGCUCAUUGUGGUUCUAAGGAUGCUUCCUCAGAACUGCAUUCUCUUGUUUUGCCUCUUCUUCAUCUCUCUCUCUUCUUUUGUUGGAGCAACUGGUGUCUUGAAUCUCACACUUCCUCAUCAGCACCCCGACCCUGAAUCUGUGGCCCAAGAAGUCAAAAGGAAAGUGAAUGCAUCCAUAUCUAAAAGGCGCCAACUUCUUGCCACCCCUGUAAUCAGUGCCCAGUCUCAAUGCCUGACAGGCAACCCCAUAGACGACUGUUGGCGCUGUGACCCCAACUGGGCUUCCAACCGCCAGCACCUAGCCGAUUGUGCCAUUGGCUUUGGCAAGGCAGCAAUGGGUGGUAAAGGAGGUCAAUUCUAUGUCAUUACUGAUUCGUCAGAUCACGAUACGGUGAACCCCACCCCUGGCACCCUUCGCCAUGCAGUCAUCCAAGAUGAGCCCCUCUGGAUCGUUUUCAAGUAUAACAUGGUUAUCAAGCUUAAGCAUGAGUUGAUUGUGAACAGCUAUAAAACUAUCGAUGGCCGUGGAGCCAACGUGCAGAUAACUGGAAACGGCUGCAUUACUUUGCAAUAUGUCAGCAAUGUUAUCAUCCACAAUGUGCAUGUGUAUAAUUGUAUGCCAUCUGGCAAUACUAAUAUAAGGUCAAGUCCUACACAUAUUGGAUGGAGAGGUAAAUCAGAUGGCGAUGGUAUAUCGAUCUUUGGUUCCAGGAAUAUAUGGAUUGAUCAUUGUGCUUUGUCGCAUUGUACUGAUGGCUUGGUGGACGCUAUUAUGGGGUCUACGGCUAUCACAAUAUCCAAUAACUACUUUUCUCACCACGAUGAGGUUAUGCUUCUUGGACAUGACGACAAGUAUUUGCCAGACUCAGGAAUGCAGGUGACAAUAGCUUUUAAUCGCUUCGGCGAGGGGCUGGUGCAGAGGAUGCCAAGGUGCCGGAGGGGUUACAUGCAUGUCGUGAACAAUGAUUUUUUUGAAUGGAAAAUGUAUGCAAUUGGAGGAAGUGCUAGCCCCACCAUCAAUAGUGAGGGCAAUCGUUAUACUGCACCAGCUGAUCCUAGCGCUAAGGAGGUGACAAAGCGCGAGGACACAAAUGAGGGGGAGUGGUCCGACUGGAACUGGAGGUCGGACGGGGACAUAAUGGUAAAUGGUGCAUUCUUUGUGCCAUCCGGUGAAGGGCUCAGCAUGCAGUAUGCCAAAGCAUCCAGUGUUGAGCCCAAAUCUGCUACCCUCAUCGACCAACUGACCAUGAACGCUGGUGUUCUUGGUGGCCCCAGCCGUUCUUCUUACAAUAGUACGCUGUCCUUCCAUUUGAUUCAAAAUGGCUCCGUCAAGGAAAAGUAGCAUCGUAUACUCGCAUGCUUGACCUCAUAUUUGUUGUGCACAUAAUGUUGAUAUCGAGUUGUCUACUCCAUAAGCAUUUUUUCAAAACGUUUCUUUGUUUGAAUUAAUUUUCAUCUACUCUUUUAUUUUAUUCACAGUUUCAAAACUUUAGUUCUGUCCUGAUUUUUAGUAGUUCCAGCUGUAAUGCUUUUAAGUCACAUAAACUGCAACAGUUUAGAGUUGUGUUUAAGGAUGCUUUUAGUACUGCUUUUAGCUGUUUA